AUGUUCUCAAAGUUUUUGAUUGUCUGUCUGUUAGGCUCGGCGUUAGCUGAGGUGUUUCGAAUUGGGCUCACCAAGGAAUUCAAAAGAUCGAAAGAAGCAAAGGUGGCGGGACAUGACCGAGGGCUAAACUAUGCCGCAUUGGAUCAUGUUUACACCGGUAGGUAAUUUACAGAGUGCCACAGAAUUCGGCAUCGCGAUAAAUUCUCAGGACUUUUCGCGCUGUGUAGUACAAUACCCACUACCCUUCCCAUUUUUAAGGAAUCGUCUCUCUCGGCACCCCGCUGCAAGAUGUUAACGUCGCUUUCGACACAGAAUCCGGGGUCUUCUGGGUGCCUGAUGACGAAUGCCCUUGCGAUGCGGAAUGCUCCAAUGGUAAGGAAUUUUAAAAUGCGUUUUUGACAUCGCGUUCAAGUUAGCAAGAACCCUAUUACCAAAAAAUCAUUUGUAUGGUGAUUAUUUUCUGGUCACUUAUAGAACCCUUCUGCCGUGACAUUUGUAGCACUCAUUGCUGCUCUCGAGGCGGUGGAAAUUCCACUUCGGCCGGCAGUGAAGAUGGCCAGCCGGCUCCGGUCGGCGUCUGCACGCACAAAAACGUCUACGACCCGAAGAAAUCGAGCUCUUACAUUGGCCGCCGCGUUUCAACCGCUGAGCCCUUCUUGAACGAGAACAUCACCGUCAACUUGGCCUACGAGACCUUCCGUCUUGUCCCUCAUCGUGCGGAUAGUGUCAGCAUUAAGUACUUUCAGUUCGGGCACGUCAACGACCUUCCAGAAGCGUUUGAAGAUGUCCCGUAUGAUGGGGUCUUCGGCCUUGGACGUGUGGGCCCAAAGCGGACGAAAGCGCCGAUCAAGCAGUUGUUCGAGCGGAGGGUUAUCCCCAAUGCCGUAGUCACGCUCUCAUUGAAGGACGGACAUACUCCUAACCAAGUAUAUGAUGGAGUAAUAACUUUUGGGAAAAUCGAUGAGACUUUCUGCAACCUAAGCUCGGCUCACUUUGUCCCUGUCGCAUCGACCAACAAGUGGAACUUCAAUGUGAACACUGCUGCCCUGAACGCGACUAUCUUAAGCGAUUUAACUUGGACGGUAAGUCAAGUCGGAUUCUAUAUAUACGGCGCGGGACUUAUAAAUCUUUAUGUGGCCAUAAAAUAUGUCAUGAUUGCUCUCGUUUAAAAAGUGUCAUCUUAUAAGUCCAUAUCUUAUACUUCUCUAGUUUUGGCUUGUUGCAUAAAUGAGAGCCAUUUUUUAGGCCAGAGUUAACCCUUCAUCGCCUUUUAUCCACAUCCCGAUCAAAAUCUGGGAUGGAAUUAAGAGCCAGCUCAUUCAUGACGUCGAGAAUGACCGUUACACGGCGCGCUGCAGCGUCUUGAAAAACAAGUUGUUCUCAAACUUCCAUAUUGAGAUUGGGUCCAGAAAGAACAACGUUAUGGCAAAGCAAAUUAUUAUUGAAAGGGGAAGCGAGCUGUGCGAGUUGUUGGUCCGGCCAGCCGCGGAGAAUGACGACCAUUGGAUCCUGGGUCUCCCAUUCUUCAGCGAACGUUGUGUGGCGUUGGAUUACAACGGAAAGAUUGCAGUUUCUGACUUCAAAUAA